AUGGGAAGGCUAGAUGACAUUGUUCGUCAAUGGAUAUAUGGUACCAUAUCGAAUGAUCUUCUCAACACGAUCAUUCAUCAAGAGGACACUGCAGCCGAGGCAUGGAAUCGUCUUGUUCAUCUCUUUCAGGACAACAAAUCGGCUAGGGCUCUUGCUCUUGAUACAAAAUUCACCAACACCAAAUUGGUGGAUUUUUCGAAUGUGAAAGCAUACUGCACCAGGCUAAAGGCUCUUGCAGAUAAUCUCGCAAACGUCAGCCACAAAGUUUCCGACGAACAACUUGUGCUUCUUCUUCUGCGUGGAUUAUCGGAGGAAUAUAAAACCUUUCAAACGACGGUACAACACCGUACUUCUCUCCCAUAUUUUGACAUUGUUCGGUCGAUGCUUGAACUUGAGGAAGACAGCGAUGGAGAGGACACCAUCCACGACUCCGGGUCGAAUGCUGCUCUCGUUUCCCACAAUGUUAAUCCUCAUAAUUUUUCUAGUAAUGGGCACUCCAACAAUUCUGAGAAUGGUUCUAAUAAUCGAGGAAAUUCUCACAAUCGCGGAAAGAAGAACAACCGCGGUCGCUGCGGCGAAAACCGCAACAGCCAUCGCGAUGGCGCAGGAAACGGGCAGAGCAGCAGCGGGGGCAGCCGACACACUGCCUAG